AUGGUUGACGACUCUGUCCUCGCCGCGGCUGCCCAAGUCGUCUCCUCUCUUGCCUCGGACCCCAAGACGGCGUCUUCGCUCACCGUAUCACUCGGGUCCAAGAUCAAGCUUCCUGGAGACGACUCCCCCGCCAAGCAAUACUUCGAGAUUGAGCUGCAAAAACUCGCCCUGAGAAUCGCUCACCUCGAGCGGAGGGCUUCCACUGCACCGUCUGCUUCUCUCCCCGAAACCCCAAACGAAAUCAACGACCCAGUCUUUGGCGAGGAUCCUACCGUUUCUCCAGCCGUCCGCGCCGCCAAGGCAAAGCUCCUCCAGGCCAACCCAGGCUUGAUGGAGGGCUCACGUUUCGGCGGCCACAUAACAAAGGAGCAGCUCGAGGGCCUUCGCGAGCACGUCGAUGGCCAGUCUAAGCUCCUCGACAACCAGCGUCACGAGCUGGCUGGCGUCAAUGCUCAGCUCCUUGAGCAAAAGCAUCUUCAGGAGCGCGCUCUCGAGGUGCUUGAGCAGGAACGCGUCGCUACGCUCGAACGAGAACUAUGGAAGCAUCAAAAGGCAAACGAAGCCUUCCAAAAAGCCCUUCGCGAAAUUGGUGAAAUCAUCACGGCCGUUGCACGCGGUAACCUCACCAUGAAGGUUCGUAUGAACACCGUCGAGAUGGAUCCCGAAAUUACUACUUUCAAACGCACAAUCAACGCCAUGAUGGACCAACUGCAAAUCUUCGCCUCGGAAGUCUCCCGCGUCGCUCGUGAAGUCGGUACCGAGGGUCUGCUUGGUGGCCAGGCCCGUAUCGGCGGCGUUGACGGAACCUGGAAGGAGCUCACUGACAACGUCAACGUCAUGGCCCAGAAUCUCACUGAUCAAGUGCGAGAAAUUGCCUCCGUCACCACGGCCGUCGCCCACGGUGAUUUAACCAAGAAGAUUGAACGACCCGCUCGUGGAGAAAUUCUCCAACUCCAGCAAACCAUUAACACCAUGGUGGACCAGCUGCGAACAUUCGCCUCCGAGGUCACACGAGUAGCCAGAGACGUCGGCACUGAGGGUAUACUCGGCGGACAAGCCGAUGUGGGGGGAGUCAAGGGCAUGUGGAACGACCUGACCGUCAACGUCAAUGCCAUGGCCAACAACUUGACGACUCAAGUACGUGACAUUAUCAAGGUCACGACGGCCGUCGCCAAGGGUGACCUCACUCAAAAGGUCCAAGCCGAUUGCCGAGGUGAAAUCUUCGAACUCAAGUCCACCAUCAACUCCAUGGUCGACCAACUGUCACAAUUUGCCCGCGAAGUCACAAAGAUUGCCAGAGAAGUCGGUACCGAAGGCCGGCUCGGUGGCCAGGCCACCGUUCACGACGUUGAGGGUACAUGGCGUGAUCUUACCGAAAACGUCAACGGUAUGGCCAUGAACCUCACAACCCAGGUGCGAGAAAUCGCAAAGGUAACUACCGCUGUCGCCAAGGGUGAUCUCACAAAGAAGAUUGGCGUAGAAGUUCAGGGUGAAAUUUUGGAGCUCAAGAACACAAUCAAUCAGAUGGUCGACCGUCUCGGUACCUUUGCCGUCGAAGUCAGCAAGGUCGCCCGCGAAGUCGGUACCGAAGGAACACUUGGUGGCCAAGCCCAGGUCGCCAACGUCGAGGGCAAAUGGAAGGAUCUCACCGAAAACGUCAACACCAUGGCUUCCAACCUUACAGUACAAGUCAGAAGUAUUUCAGCUGUUACGCAAGCCAUUGCCAACGGCGACAUGAGCCGCACCAUCGAUGUUGAAGCAAACGGAGAAAUCAAGGUUCUCAAAGAAACCAUCAAUAACAUGGUUGGUAGACUCUCGAGUUUCUGCUACGAGGUGCAGAGAGUUGCAAAGGAUGUCGGUGUCGACGGCAAGAUGGGUGCCCAAGCCGACAUUGCUGGAUUGAACGGACGAUGGAAGGAAAUCACAACAGACGUCAACACCAUGGCUGCCAACUUAACAACCCAAGUGCGUGCCUUUUCCGACAUUACAAACCUGGCCACAGACGGGGACUUUACCAAGCUUGUCGAUGUCGAAGCAUCUGGUGAAAUGGACGAGCUGAAACGCAAGAUCAACCAAAUGAUUUCAAAUCUAAGAGACAGUAUUCAACGAAACACGCAGGCCAGAGAGGCGGCUGAACUGGCCAACAAGACCAAAUCCGAAUUCCUGGCCAACAUGUCUCACGAGAUUCGAACCCCCAUGAACGGCAUCAUUGGCAUGACGCAACUGACUUUGGAUACCGACCUGACACAGUAUCAGAGGGAAAUGCUGAACAUUGUCAAUAACCUUGCGAACAGCCUCCUGACGAUUAUUGAUGAUAUCCUGGACUUGUCCAAGAUUGAAGCCAGGAGAAUGGUCAUUGAAGAGAUCCCGUAUACGUUACGUGGAACCGUAUUCAAUGCGCUCAAGACCCUGGCUGUCAAGGCCAACGAAAAAUUCCUCGACCUCACCUACAAGGUCGACAGCUCCGUCCCCGAUCACGUUGUUGGUGAUAGCUUCCGUCUUCGACAGAUUAUUCUCAACCUUGUGGGCAACGCCAUCAAGUUUACCGAGCAUGGUGAGGUUAGCCUCAUAAUCAAGAAGAGUACACUGGAUGAGGCGGUUGGACAUGGGCAGUAUGCCAUUGAAUUUGUCGUGGAAGACACGGGCAUCGGUAUUGCUAAGGAUAAGCUGGACCUUAUUUUCGACACAUUCCAGCAAGCCGAUGGUUCCAUGACCCGCAAGUUUGGUGGCACUGGUCUUGGUCUGUCCAUCUCAAAGAGACUGGUCAACCUCAUGGGUGGUGACCUAUGGGUCAACAGUGAAGCCGGCCGUGGCAGUCAAUUUCACUUUACCUGCCGCGUCAAGCUCGCAAUGGAUGAUCAUGAGACUCUGUUCAAGCAGCUGGAGCCCUACCGCGGCCACCAGGUUCUCUUUGUGGACAAGGCUCAAUCGAGCUCCGGUAUUGAGAUUCGUGCCAUGCUGGAGCAGAUUGGCAUGCACCCUGUCGUGGUCGACUCGGAGAAGAGCUCUGCCCUGACAAGACUCAAGUCUGGCGGCGCCUUGCCGUACGAUGCCAUCCUCGUCGAUUCCAUCGAGAUGGCGCGGAGACUCCGUGCCGUCGAUGACUUCAAGUAUCUGCCAAUCGUUCUGCUUGCGCCAGUGGUGCAUGUGAGCCUCAAGUCGUGCCUGGACCUGGGUAUCUCCUCAUGCAUGACUACACCGUGCAAGCUGAUUGACUUGGGCAACGGCAUGAUUCCCGCACUGGAGAACCGAGCAACGCCAACUCUGGCCGACAACACCAAGUCGUUUGAGAUUCUGCUGGCUGAAGACAACACUGUGAACCAGAGGUUAGCUGUCAAGAUCUUGGAGAAGUACCACCACGUUGUCACCGUGGCUGGCAACGGUUGGGAGGCUGUCGAGGCUGUCAAGGAGAAGAAGUUUGACGUUAUUCUGAUGGAUGUUCAGAUGCCCAUCAUGGGUGGUUUCGAGGCCACCGGCAAGAUUCGCGAAUACGAGCGUAGCAUGGGUUCACAUCGCACACCCAUCAUCGCCCUGACCGCCCACGCAAUGAUGGGGCAUCGCGAGAAGUGUAUUCAGGCUCAGAUGGACGAGUAUCUGUCCAAACCGCUUCAGCAGAACCAGCUGAUUCAGACCAUCCUCAAGUGUGCGACUCUUGGAGGGCCGCUUUUGGAAAAAAACCAUAGCGGACUGCUGCGUCCAGCCAUGGAAAGCCGCUCCUUUACGUCUCGCGAGACGAUGAAGGCCCGAGAAGCGGCCGCAGCCAACGGCAACGACCCGAACUCAAGGCAAGACGCAAUCUCGAGAACACGUCAAGAAAUGGCUGAUACCCGGAGAUUCUCCAACUAG